AUGGUAUUGUUCUUUCUGAGGAUCUCUGGCGUGGCGGAGAAAAUGGCAGUGAUGUGGCACACGGUGUUGUUUUCUAUCCUCCUUUCUUCUCGCUCCGUGCUCGGGCAGGUCAGUUACUCCAUACCGGAGGAAAUGGUGAAAGGUUCAGUGAUCGGAAAUAUUGCUCUGGAUUUGGGUUUGGAAAUAAAAAGGCUAAAUUCUGGAAAAGCACGAGUUCAUACGGUGGACAGCGUAGAAUACAUUGCACUGAAUAAAGAGAGAGGAAUGCUCCUCAUCAAAGAAAAAAUAGAUCGAGAGUCGCUUUGCGCAACAAAGACUCCGUGCGCUUUACAUCUCCAAAUGAUUCUUGAAAACCCGAUGGAGCUGUAUACAAUCACUGUCGAAAUCACGGACAUCAAUGAUAAUGCGCCAUUUUUCCAAACAGAGGAAAUCAGGAUUGAAAUAAGCGAGGCUGCUGCACCGGGAGCGAGAUUCAUGUUAGAGAGAGCAAUGGAUGCUGAUGUCGGUACUAACGGACUUCAGAGCUACUCACUGAAACCGACAGAUCAUUUUGUGUUAAAACUGGAAACUCAUGGAGACGGAGGUAAAAAUAUAGAAAUGAUUUUACAAAAACCACUCGAUAGAGAAAAGCAGGAAACGUUUACUCUGUUAUUAACAGCCAUGGAUGGAGGUGAACCGGUUCUAUCCGGUACUGUACAGAUCCACGUUAAUGUUCUGGAUGCAAAUGAUAAUGCUCCUAUCUUUACUCAAAAAAUAUAUAAAGCCUCAAUAAUUGAAAACUCACCAACGGGUUCAACACUGACAAGGGUGAGCGCAUCUGAUGCUGAUGAAGGAACAAAUGGACAGGUGACUUAUUACAUUUCAAACACAGAUAAAAGUGUGAAAGAUGUGUUUAACAUAAACGAAGAUAAUGGCGAAAUCACACUCAAAGGACAAAUUGACUAUGAAACUAAAAGCCAUUAUCAACUUGACAUUCAAGCCAGGGACCAAGGAGGUCUCUCAGACUCAUCUAAGAUAACUGUGAAUGUCUUAGAUAUAAAUGACAAUAAACCAACUCUUGCUAUCCUAUCCAUGGCGAGUUCCAUACAAGAAAACUCCCCUAUAGGAAAUACUGUUGCAAUGAUUAACGUAAAUGACCCAGACUCAGAAGCAAAUGGCAAAGUUCACUGUGAAAUCAAUGAUAAUGUUCCAUUUUCAAUCAUAUCUCCAUCAAACACUGUUUUUGCCAUGCGCACAGAUCAGGAAUUAGACAGAGAGAGAGAAGCUGAGUAUAACAUCAGUGUGACUUGCUCUGAUGAGGGAGUUCCCUCACUCUCCAGCAGCACUUCUCUCCGUUUACACAUAUCAGAUGUAAAUGACAACGCGCCUGUUUUUGAGAGAAAUCAUUACGAGGCCUAUGUGGUGGAGAACAACACACCAGGUCUCUCUAUAUUCACAGUGAAGGCCAGUGACGCAGACUCCAACCAGAAUGCUCGAGUUGCUUAUAUUUUAGAAGACAGCACUGUCAAUGGAGUUCCUGUAUCAUCAUAUGUGUCCAUCAGUGCUGAUAGUGGAGUCAUUAAUGCUGUGCGCUCUUUCGACUACGAGCAGUUAAAGGACUUCCAUUUCCAUGUCAGAGCGCAGGAUGGAGGCUCCCCUCCACUCAGUAGUAACGUGACAGUGAAAAUUACAAUCCAAGAUCAGAAUGACAACGCUCCUCAGGUUCUCUACCCAGUACAGACUGGUGGCUCUGUGGUGGCUGAGAUCGUGCCUCGUUCAGCAGAUGUCGGCUAUCUGGUCACUAAAGUGGUGGCUGUUGAUGUGGACUCUGGACAGAACGCCUGGCUCUCCUACAAACUCCAGAAAGCCACAGACAGGGCGCUGUUUGAAGUGGGAGCGCAGAAUGGAGAGAUACGGACUGUGCGCCAGGUCACUGAUAAAGAUGCAGUGAAACAAAAGCUGACUGUAGUUGUGGAGGAUAACGGACAGCCAUCUCGCUCAGCUGUAGUCAACAUCAAUGUAGCUGUAGCGGACACUUUCCCUGAAGUGCUCUCAGAAUUCACCGACUUUACGCACGCCAAACAAUAUAACGAUGACCUCACCUUUUAUUUAGUUUUAGCAUUAGCUGCUGUCUCUUUCCUUUUCAUCACAACUGUAGUAGUUAUAAUAUCAGUAAAGAUCUACAGGUGGCGACAAUCACGGAUCUUCUAUCAGUCCAAUCUCCCAGUUAUUCCGUACUAUCCACCCAGUUAUGCAGACACAGGAGUUACUGGAACUCUGCCGCAUGGGUAUCAUUAUGAUGCUUGUAUGACAACUGACUCAAGGAAGAGUGACUGUAAAUAUUCUACACUUGGAGCACAAAGUGUUUUAGUGAUGGACCCCAGUUUUACAAAAACUAUGCAGCGUGCAAUGAAGGAAAAUAAUCUUCUGGAUGAGGCUGAUUCUCUAGAUUUGGUAAGGGAUUAUUUAUAG